UUUCGCUUCGGCCAAUCCCGUUUGGCCAGAUCAGAAGAGCCGAAGUCUGAAGUGUCAGUGUGCGGCUGCGAUUCUGAAAUUUCACCUAAAAAGUUUAUUUGCCGAAAUUUAUUAAAUGCCAAUCAUCAGUACGCCACAUCAGAAGUGCAAAUUUUGUACAUUCUAGCAGUGAUAUUCGGUAAGCCGGCGAGGAAACAAGUACUUCCUAAUCUUCAUCCAGCGAGAGAAGACAACUCUAAGAAAAGAAAAAGACUGAAGCUAGUGUGUAAAAAUGGGCACGUCAUCGAUCUGGAUGGUGGUGACUUUGUUGGCCGGUCUGGCCAGUUCCGGUUGGGCUUUGUACUCUUCGUCGGAUGACGUCGUCGAGCUGACGGCUAACAAUUUCGACCGGAUGGUGGUGAAAAGCGACGAAGUUUGGGUGGUGGAGUUCUACGCUUCAUACUGCGGCCACUGCCGGAACCUGGUCCCGGAGUACAAGAAGGCUGCCACCGCUCUGAAGGGAGUCAUCAAGGUUGGUGGAAUUAACUGUGAGGAAGAGCAGAGCCUGUGCGGUCAGCAUGGAGUUCGAGGAUAUCCUACGAUUAAGAUCUUCGGAGCCAAUAAACGAUCGCCGGUAGAUUACAACGGGCAGCGUACUGCCAAGGACAUUGCCGAGGCCGCACUUGCCGAAGCUAAGAAGAAAAUCAAGAAUGUCCUGAGUGGAGGUUCCAGUGGAUCGUCGUCCGAUAGCGGUAGCUCCGAUUCGAAGGAUGUUGUCGAGCUGACAGAUUCCAACUUCGAUAAGCUUGUCCUGAACAGUGACGACAUUUGGUUGGUUGAGUUCUUCGCUCCAUGGUGUGGACAUUGUAAGAAUCUGGCUCCUCACUGGGCUAAGGCUGCCACGGAAUUGAAGGGUAAGGUCAAGCUUGGAGCCCUGGACGCUACCGUGCACACGAUCAAGGCUCAACAAUUCGGCAUUCAGGGAUACCCAACCAUCAAAUUCUUCGCGGGUGGUCCAAAGGAUCGUGACUCCGCUCAGGAAUACGACGGCGGCCGCACUGCUUCGGAUAUCGUAAACUGGGCCUUGGAAAAGCACAGCGAAAACAUUCCUGCUCCGGAAAUUGUUCAGCUCACGUCGGAGGAAGUUACCAAAGCAACUUGCGAAGAAAAGCCUCUGUGCGUUGUGUCGGUCCUUCCGCACAUCUUAGACUGUGAUGCAGCCUGCCGGAACAACUACCUUGCCAUCCUGGCCAAGAUGGGCGAAAAGUACAAGAAAAAGCAGUGGGGCUGGCUGUGGUCCGAAGGCGGAGCCCAACCGGAAAUUGAGUCCACCUUGGACAUUGGAGGCUUUGGCUAUCCGGCGAUGGCCGUCGUCAAUGUCAAGAAGAUGAAGUACUCUCUGCUGCGUGGAUCCUUCUCGGAGGAAGGCAUCAACGAGUUCUUGCGAGAUUUGUCCUACGGUCGGGGGCACACGGCUCCGGUCAAGGGUGCCGCACUGCCCAAGAUUCACAACGUCGAGCCCUGGGACGGCAAGGACGGGCAGCUUCCGGAAGAAGAGGACAUCGAUCUGUCCGAUGUGGAUCUGGACGAGAAGGAUGAGCUCUAAGCGCUGGGGCGUUUUAGUCCAAGUGGGAAUUAGAUUUAAGAAGCUCGUACAUAUAGCAUUUACUUGAACAAAAAGAUGAAACAUUCAUGUCACCAAGUUUCAAUAGUGAAAAUAAAUCAAAGAAGCUCAAAUUAAGAA